CCCACCGACUCCCCCGAGGUCCCAGUCCCAGCCCAUCGAGCGGUCCAUGGCCCGUGGGGGGUUGUGGUUAUAGUUAGCUCCAUUCAAUCAAUCCUCCGUUUCCUCCUCGGCUAACCAUAGCCACUUGUGUUGUUGUACGUACCGCGUUUGUUGUUAGCAAGAAAGAAACUGCCGAAGGCGCGCCAAAGGAAAUCCGCGAGCCCAGGUGGCGCGCGGCCAUCACACAUGUUAGGGGAGGUAGGGUAGGAGAGGACUGGACUGGACUGGACUGGAGGAGAGACGAUACAUGAGACAUGUGGGCGCGAGCCGCGAGCGAUCGUCCCCGCCUGCCUGCCGCCUCCACGUCGUCCUCGCGAGAGCGACGGGCCCCGCGUCGCGUGCCAUCUCCGGACUGCACGUGGAAGGCUCCACCCAACGACGUCACCGGCGCACAGGCACAGCCACCCGGACCCGGCACCGCUCGUCCCACUCCCGGCCUCCUCCUCUCCUCCUUAAAUACGCGCCGCGCCGAGCUCUAGUAUAGCCAACCGUUUCCACCAUCGACCAUCCAUCACCUCACCUCCAAGCUCCAAGGAAUCUACCCUCGCUCUUCUCACAAAGCGCUGCAGCGGACAGCAGAGCAGCACGAGAGAGCCGAGCGCGAGGUGCAGGACCGCAAAACAGAGGCGAAGCGAAGGACCUAACCUACGUAGCACCGCUCAGCUCCGCUCCGCGGCGAUGGGUCACCGCCGCCACGAGGGGUCGUGCCGCUGCGAGCUCUGCGGCGCGCCCGCGGCCGUGCACUGCGCGGCGGACGAGGCUUUCCUCUGCGCCGCCUGCGACGCCAAGGUGCACGGCGCCAACUUCCUCGCGUCGCGGCACCGCCGCACGCGCCUCCGCCUCGCGGCCGCGGGACCCCCGCCGCCGGACGACGAGGCCGGGUACGGGUCCGCCGCGAGCUCCUGCGUGUCCACGGCCGACUCGGCGCCGCGGCCGAGGCGUGGGGCCCGCGCGCCGGCCGGGAGCGUGCGCCCCGAGGCCGUGCUCGAGGCCUGGGCCAAGCGGAUGGGGCUCGGGGCGGGGGCGCGCCGGCGCGUCCCGCCGCGCGUCGCCGUGGCCGCCGCUCUCUGGUGGGAGGCGGCGGGGCGGGGCGGGGUCGGGGGCCACGCCCAGGCGCUGCGGCGGCUGGAGGCGUGCGCGCACGUGCCGGCGAGGCUCGUGCUGGCCGUCGCCGCGUCCCUCGCGCGCGCGCGCGCGCUCUUGCGGAGGGCCGCCACGGACGCCGUGGAGGGCUGGGACGAGUGCGCGUGGGCGGGGCCCAAGUCCAGCCCGUCACGCUCUUGAUCCUCUCCCUCUUCCUUUGUCGUGCUGCUGCUACUGCUCGCUGAAGAAACAACACGAGGAGCAUAUGGACAUGGCGGCCGGCUGGAGAGAGGAAGAGGGACAUGCUUUGCGAUUUGUGGACCUUGUUCGUCUCAUUUAUUAGUUUGCCCAAGGUACAAGAAAACUUGUGGUUAGGAAUAGGGGAGAGAGCAUGCAUAAAGUGGGGUCUUAAUGUAGGUCAGUGUUUUUCAUUAGAGACUUGUGAGCUAACUGUGGCUCUCCAACCACGGCGGUACGUGCAAGUGCAAUGGUUCCCAGCAGUGUAUAUUUUCAGCAGCUCUGUAAUUCAAGUUUCAUUUCUUCUCUCA